AUGGCCGAGCAAUCCAAUAUCGCGUCUAGAGUUUCAAUACCUCCUCCCUCUUCAGCUAAUGCCCCUGUUGACGAUCACAAUCCCACAAAAGAUGCUCACCCAUCUCGCACGCCCGGGGUCAAGAUUUCUGACCUCAAUAAACGUCUUCUGGACGCAGUCUCUGUUGAUAAUGUGCAAAAGUUUUGGCAGUGCUUAAAAGAGGGAGCCAAUAUCAACGCCACUGGGGAGCAAGGAGUAACCUCGCUCAUUAUAGCAUCUCGCGAAGGAUUCGUUAAUUUAACCAAGAUACUUAUUCAACCUGGCAUUUUAGAAUGGCAUGCUCAUAUCGAGGCGAAGACCGAGGAAGGCAAAACAGCUCUUCAUCUGGCAUGUUGGGAAGGAAGGGUUGAAGUGGUUUCAAUUUUAAUCAAAAAUGGCGCUCAAAUCGACGCAAAAGACAAUGACGACUGGUCACCAUUGCAUCAUGCAGCGGCUCGUGGACAUGUCGGAGUUAUCCAUUUACUGCUGGGUCACGGUGCAGAUCUCAAGGCAAAAACAAUCGCCGACGAAUAUACUCCUCUCAUGAUUGCUAUUACCAAAAAACAUGUGGAGGCGGUCGAGGCUCUGCUGGUUCACAACGAUGCAGUCAACAUGCCCGGCGUGUAUGAUACACCCUUGACAAUGGCAUGUCGAAUGGAUUCCGAAGAAGUAGUUCGCAUCUUGCUCAAACACGAUGCCGAUGUGAAUCUUUCUGACCCGGACAAGUGGUGGCCGCUUCAUAGUGCAUGUCGAUACUCCACUGUGACAGUAGUCGGGAUUAUCUUGCAGAAAACCCCAAAUAUUAAUGUGAAAGCCCCCGAUGAAUGGACCCCACUGCAUUUUGCAGCACACUAUGGUGAAAAAGAAAUGGUGAAGUCAAUUUUGGAACUUAGCCCCGACGUGGACAGUGUCACCUCCGAUGGCGCGACACCGUUACAUGUUGCCAUUCGCUAUGGCAACCUGGAGAUGGUUCAAUUGAUCCUAGAGGAGAAUCCAAGUAUCCAUGCGAAAGAUUCAGAUGGGUGGACUCCGCUUCAUACUGCUGCCCGGUAUUCGAAGCCGGGGGUGCUUAGCAUGAUUUUGGGGAGAAACCCCGAUAUCAAUGCCACCGAUGGUAAUGAUUGGACGGCAUUGCACCUUGCUGUACAGUACAGGAAUUUAGAGAUAGUAACGAUGAUUCUCGGUGAAAAUCCGGAGAUAGAUGCUUCUGAUAACGAAGGCUUCACAGCUUUGCACAAAGCUCCCGGAUGUCGCAAAGCCAAGGACCAAGCAGGGAUCGCAGAACUGCUGCUGGAAAAAGGCGCAAAGUUUCUUUUGACGAAAGAAAAGAAGACGCCAUUGCACCGAGCGUCUGAACUGGGAUGUAUAGCUGUUGUUGAUAUAUACCUUCGACACGCAGAUAAGUUUGAUAUCAAUGCUCUUGAGAUCAAUGGAUGGACAGCCCUGCAUCUUGCCAGCUACAAAGGAUUUGGAAAAGUCGUUGAGGCUCUUCUCAACAAGGGAACAUCGUUUGACAUCAAAACAGGCGAUGAUAAACAGACUUCAUUGGUGCUAUCAAUCAAAGGACUAAAUAAUCUGCCGCGUGGAGAUUCAGAUUCGGAGAACAAGACAGAGCAUCAUGCGACCGAGCAACCCACGGAGCAAGCUCCAGAUCAAAUUGAGCAGCAUAUUGAGACACAAGUUACAGGGCAACCUACAGAAAUACGCCAAAAUCAACCUACACUGCAGGCCGAAUAUCAGACCGACACCAAAGAGGAGUCCGAAGAGGAGUCCGAAGAGGAGUCCGAAAAGGAUACCGAAGAUGAGGAAGAGGAGGGGACUCAAAAUCUAGAAAAAAGACUAAGCGACUCCAAGCUUGCCAUUCGGCUUCUAGCCCAGAAAAAGGUUGACUUAGAUUCAACGACGGAAGCCCUCCGGAAUCUGAACUCUAGGAAAGGACUGGAAGUCGCCAUUGAGGGCCUACAAAAGGCUGGAAAUUCCGAUCUAGAAAAAGCAAACCUUGAACAAAUAAGACUUGUAUGGUACGCAAUGAGGUCUGAUGAGCAUGAAAAUCUCCUUUUGCUUCUUCAGGGCAGCAUUGUUGAGACAAAGAAGCCAGAAACUCUCUUGCAGUGGGCGGCCUACCGUGGAAACUUUGCUGUGGUGUGGUGGCUUCUUCAAACAAGCGAUCCACAUAACCAACUCAAAUCAACAACCAACCGACAAGACCGGGACAAGGCUAUUCAAAUCGUCAACGAGAAGCUCAAACCUUCCAAUGUUCCCAAAAGUAGAGAGACAACAGAACAGUACAGUCUCCCAAAGAAGGAAGAGGCUCGCUAUUCCCACACAUUGGAUAUUCUCCAAGAUCCACCCUUGGUGAUUGGCAGGAAAUUCGAAAGUGGCCCUUGUGAGGCACCCAAAUUGGGGAAGAACAGUGCAAAAGGCAAUGUUGCCCAGAAGUAUAAAAUGACCAUCGUAGACUUUUAUAGUCACGGUGGACGUGUGGAUCUUCUCCGACGAUCUUUGUUUCCACACGAUGUUAUUUACAACACAGAGAAAGAUGGCCCCGCGAAAUUCAUGGAGAGGGCAACGGAAUUGCUCAAGUCGGUAGGCCGAGAAGAGAUCAAGUCAAUUGGUAUGGAAGAAAGGCUUUAUGAAAAGGAGGAUCUCACGAUGAGAUGGAUACAUCUUCCGGCCAACAAUAUGGAAUGGAUGGAGGAUCUUGUCCAAAGAUUGCUCUUUGACCAGAAAAAGCCGAAAACAGACCACGCAGCUUUACGUGACUUCCUGCGGCGAAGCUGGCAGGAGGUACCGUCUGGAGACUCAGAGACUAAGUUCAUGAAGCCGAAUUUCCUGGAGAGAUUUUCCAGAAAGCCCACUCCCGCUCCGUCAACUGAACAACCAGAUAAUGAAAAAGACCGGAACCAGAAGAACGAUGAUUCCAAACCAGCAAAGACGAUGGAAGAGCCUGGCACAAACCAAAACGGAGAUAAUGCGAAGCCUGAAUCCCAGCCGCCAGUACCCUUGACGACUCCCCAGACCGAUCGCGCCAAGUCAAAAUCAGAACCGGCGAAAAACAUAGAUGAAGACGAUAACACUGCUGCUCUUUAUAUCCCAUACCUGACAUUUGAAAAAUGUUUUGAAGCCAAUGAAGCAUCGGAAGACCUUGACAUAUUGGCACAAGCUGGCAAUCAGGAAAUGGAUCCAAAGAAAGAUAAUUUCAGAGCUCAGUAUCAAAAUUUCAUGGAGACCUACAACGGAAAAAGACAGGUCGUACAAGGCUCUCGGUCUCUGGAUCAGUUCUACUACCAGGCUUUGCCUGACAUGAAGCUGCGAGAUGCCGAUCAAGUGGUGACUCGGUACUUGCUGGAUAAGGACCGCGGUGAUAAAACAAAAAAUGGUGAAUGGUGGCCCAUUCUGUCUAUUGGCCAACUUUGGCUUUGGAUUAUUGAUACAAGUGAGGGAGGGAGAGAGAAGACAAGAGAGAACAAUGAGGGCCAUGAAGACAAAGAGAAUAGGAGAAAGGAUCGCUUCCUGAAAUCACCUUGCGAAAUCUUUGCAGAGACGAUCAACCAAACAGCCGUGGAUGAGAACGAUCUGUUCACACGAUUUGUGAAAAAGGUCAAAGAUAAGAAAGACGGCAAUGGUACCAGCCCAAAGGCAAAACAGAAUGAAGAAUCCAGCGUCGAUAGUGAAGAGCAGAAAGAUUGGAAAGCGAUCUACAACGCUGCACUGCUCUUGGAAGAGGUCAAGGAUAUCCGGGACGAACUAAAUAUGAUCAAGACGGUCUUGACCCAACAAAAAGUCGUCUGGGAAGGACUUCUAGGCCAAGAAGGCCAAGUAAGUCAAGCAAUGAAGAGUAGAAUGGGAACGGAGCGAAACCUGGCCGACAUUCUCGAAGAGAUAAUCGAGAUGGACAAAAUCGCAGAAACCAUCCAAACAUCAGUCAAAGAGACUCUGGAUCUCGAGCAGAAUGGGAUCAAUAUCACCGAGGCAGUACUUUCUCGCGACUUGGCAAAACAGUCUGCAAGACAGGGAACAACGCUCAUGGUCUUCACAGUUGUCACCAUUUUCUUUCUCCCGAUGUCUUUCCUCGCCUCUCUCUUUGCGUUGAAUGUGACCUCCUUUCACCACGACAGUCAAGGAAAUGUUCAAUUUGCACCGGAGUUUAUAUUCCCCAUUAUUUUCUGCAUCUCAAUCGCUUUGGGAAUCUUUAUCAUCUAUGUUUCUUUCAACUACAAGUCGGUCCAAGAUAGUUGGGAAAAGCUCCGACAAUUUUCUCAAGGCAAAAAUGAAUCCGACCACCCAGCUACUAAUCAACAGACUCCGGAAAUAGUGGCACCGUUAAAUCAGAUCCAUCGGGAGAAUGUGGUGAAUGUGUUGACGCAAAGCCAGGACGACAUGCUACAGAGACUCUGGAAAGUCGCAAAGAGAAAGAAGGCCGGCCGAUAA